AUGGGAAAUAUAGUGCCGAUGAGUCUGCAUGCCGAUGAGAAGAUAAAAUCAAUGUCUCAUCACACACCACAGCCGAUGGGCUUAGCUUCUUCAAUCAGCUCAUCUCAAGUUCCCCAAGACCUUCCUUCUGCUCUGCUCACAGCCCAAUCUCGACCAGGAUGCCGCAUACUUGCUACUACGAAACGCGCGGCUCAGAACCGUGCUGCUCAACGUGCCUUCCGUCAACGCAAGGACAGAUAUAUCAAAGAUCUCGAAGUCAAAGCAAAGGAACUAGACUCAUUCAGACGUCGUCUUGAACAAGCCGAAAAAGAAAAGGAAGAAAUGAAGUCUAUCAUAACAGCACUCAAAGCAGAAGUUGCUAAAUUGAAGGGCGAAGCAGAUGAUGAUAAAAGUAGAGGGGAAAGCAGUAGCAACAGUAGCUCCAACAUUAACAGUCCGUUCACUCCGAACGGGUCUAGUGAAGAUGAUCUAAACGGAUUAGGAGAAGAUCCUUGGAUGAGGAAACGCAAGAGUGCAUUCUAUAAUGAGCGUACAACAUCUGCAUAUCAAUCACCACCAUCUCAUCCUCGGCUGUCUAUAAACAGUCACGCUGACUCUGCACGUCCUUCUUCGACAGCAGCGACCACAAAUUCUAGUACAUCUCCCACCAACGCAUCCAACGCGUCUACCAGUCCCACAAGUUCUAAUAAUCAUUUCGAGCUUAAUCGAAAUGAUUACCGCUCAUAUCCUACUUCGCCAACGUCCGAUUCACGACGACCGUUCAAUAGCUGUGUGAAUAACGCACAGUCGCGUUCUACUGUCAGCGAAGAUGAUCCGGCUGAGAGAGUGAUGAUGGAUGACUUGUGUGAAUUGCUUCGAACUAGAAGUCAUCCCGAUGUACACACUAGCAUGGGUGUUUCUUUUUGGCCAGGUAGAAAUUCCGCACCUGUUGUUGCAGGGAAUGGAAGCAAUGCUGUUGUUGGGUGA